AUGGCAAGUAUGUCCAGAAAGAAAGUAUUGAUUGGUUGUACCGGUAGUGUGGCUACAAUCAAACUGCCACAGCUGGUGGAGAUGCUGCGGCGAAACAAUCUUGAGGUGAGAGUAGUUGUGACGGAGAGAGCCAAGCACUUCUUGAAAGAUGCCCAGCUACCACCUGAAAUCCAAGUACUGUCCGAUACAGUGGAAUGGGCUGCUUGGCAGGACCGGGGCGAUCCGGUGCUUCAUAUAGACCUGGUGAAAUGGGCUGACGUAUUUGUGAUAGCGCCAUUGGACGCAAAUACAUUGGGCAAAAUUGCCAGUGGCAUAUGCGAUAACAUCCUUACAUGCGUUGCUCGCGCAUGGGACAAUACAAAGCCACUCCUUUUUUGUCCAGCCAUGAACACCAAAAUGUGGGAACAUCCAAUCACCAUGCCACAAGUAUCACUGCUCAAAUCUUGGGGCUACAAGGAGGUGCAUUGCAUAUCCAAGACGUUGAUGUGCGGCGACACAGGAAUGGGCGCGAUGGCUGAAGUGGAUACGAUUGUGCGGUCCACUUUGCGAGCCUUGAAUCUCUGGGGGGAUUCGUUAGAUCCGCCUCUCUAGCAGCGGCCGACGUCAUCCUCCUCAUACCGCCAUCCGCCUCGAUGGCCACGCGAAUAUCGAUGAGGAUGUCGAAAACAUGUCGCAUUGAACUCCAGAGACGCGCUAUGGCGUGAUUUAAACAUACGCUUAAAAAAAAUUCACGCCAAUGUCGCUUAUUUAACAGUACCAGGAUUGCGAGCCUAAGGACCAGCAGAAAUCUUGGGCCGUAUACGAGUUAUGUGAUAAAAAAUUUACGUUUACCAAUAAUAAUAUCUGUCAAUAAGUUUUUCCUCAAGUUAUGUCAUUUUUUUCUAAGGAUUGUAUUUUUUAAAAUGAAAGAUAAAUUUCCUAUAUUAUGUUAUAUUUUAUGAUGUAAAAUUGUUAAUUAGAAAUAUGUAGGAAUCUGAAAGAGUGAAAUCUGUGUUUAAGCGCAUCAUGGUAUUCUUUGCUCAACCUGGAAUAAGAAAAUCAAUCUUACAAAGUGGAACAAACAAGAUAAUCGUAAUUUUAUCUGUCCCUAGUUGCCGAAAUGCGAUGUAUAAAGAUAUGCUGUAAAGAAGAAGAUUCUGUGUUGACAUAUCUUAAGAGUUGAUUUGCCAGAACAUGUAUAUGCUUUUGUUGAAUAUAUGAAUGAUAUAAUAUAUGAACAAAUAAAUAUACAAGGUGUUCUCCUCUACAGAGUUUCUACAAUCUUAACAUUUCCAUGAUAUAAUAUAUAUGUGCAUAUAAAUCUAAUUUAAAAAUUUUCAGGGGAAUGGCGUAUUGAGUUUGUUCGGCAAAGUCACUUUAUUUCCGUAUAUACACAUAUAAAGCACGAACUUACAAUAUAAAAUACAUAUAGCAUAUAACGUUACACAUUUUACGAUAAUUAUUUCUUAAGUUUGGAAUAAACAAAGGGGAAGAUUUUUUUCGUCUUAUGCUUUUGGUUAAACUGCAAAUGAGACACAUCACUUUGA